GACCUACAUAUCAAAACUAUAUUUGGUUAAAACCGCAUUGUUGACUACGUUUUACGAAAACAAAAUGGAGGUUUUUGUUUAUAUAAUGUGUGCUUUAAUUUCUUUACUGCUGAUCUCAUUAAUCUUUUUACGAGAAAGCAACGGCAUUGUUAUUCCAGGACCUAAAGGAUUGCCUGUUAUUGGCUGUCUGUUUGAUUUUUCAAUUAAAUCUAUGCAUACAAAAUUUAUGGAAUAUGCUGGAAAAUAUGGAGAUAUAGUACGAAUAAACAUUUUAGGAAAUAACUUGAUAACACUUAACUCGGUUGAACUGGUACAGAAAGCGUUCACAGACGACAGGUAUAAAACACACCUCAAUGAUAGGCCAUCCACGUUCAUUGGGAAGCACGUGGGUUAUGGCAAUAAGGGAAUCGUUUUAACCAGGGAUGGGAACAGUACUUUACAUAAUGAAUUAAGAAAGUUGUUUACACGAGGAUUUCGCGUGUAUGGAGAUGGAAUUAAAGUAUUUGAGGACAAAGUUUUGCACGAGAUUGUUAACAUGAAGUCGCAGAUAAAAGAGUUCGGUGAUGUUGAGUUUGACCUUGUGUUCGUGCUCAGACGUUCAUUGUCUAAUCUUUUAUCAGUUUUCCUUUCUGGUGAACCAAUCAACGACUGCGGCGAUGUGGAUAUAUUCUGGGAUUUCAGUCAGACUUUAGCCUUUAUGUUUACACCAAAGGCUAAUGCUGUUUAUACACUUGCCCCUUUUAUGCGGUUUCUGCCAGGAAUAUACCGGGACAACUUUCAAAGGAUCCUUGCCGCUAGAGAAAGAAUACACGAGAAAUAUUUGUUUCGUAUCAAGGAGACACACGAAAGAGGCAAAGUUAGAGGAUACAUUGAUUUCCUACUAGAAGAACAAGCUAACCAGCUUGAAACUGGAAAUGAUGUCCUCCUCACAGACGAUACCGUAAAGGCAAUGUUGCAAGACAUGGUUCCAACUGGCCUUAUAACAACACUUUCUACGUUGAGCAAUCUAUUUCUUUGCUUGUUAAACCACCCAAACUGCCAGCGUAAGGCACAAGAAGAAUUGAACAAAGUAGUUGGUAAUAAGCGUCUACCGAGCCUUGAUGACAGACGGAAUUGUCCAUUUUUAGAAGCGCUUGUUAUGGAAACCCUACGAUAUUUAACCACUGCUCCUAUUGGGGCACCACAUGUGACUGAAAGAAGCCUGCAGUUUGAAGGUUUCAUUAUACCUGCAAAGAGCAAUGUAUUUGCGAAUUUGUGGUAUAUACAUCAUGACGAACGAAUCUGGGGAGAUCCUUGGACAUUUAGACCUGAGAGAUUCUUAGAUGAAAAAGGUCAACUUCUGGAAAGAGGGCACUUGUUUAGGAAAAGUUUGAUUCCAUUUGGUGUAGGUAGACGACAAUGUAUUGGAGAAACAUUUGCCCGUUCAAGGAUAUUUCUGUAUACAGCAUCACUUCUCCAGCAGUGGACGUUUGUUCCAUCACCAGGCAAAGUCGGGACAUGUGAUCCGAGAAAGGGAGAUUUCGAGAUAGAUACAGUAAUAAGGAAAGAGUCCCUCUUUUGUACUGUAAAAGGUACAGAUAGUAAAGGCCAUUUAUGAAAAAAGGGGAAAAAACUCGCAAAGAAUUGAUUUUUGGUGAAAGCAUUAUACAAUAUGUAUGUAACAGCAUACUAAAAGUAUAGAAUGUUAUCAUGGUGCAAAAUGCUUUUUUUGGGGUAAAAAGUUUAAAAAUAUAAUUGAAACUGUGAAUUUCUGGAAUCGGCCCAUAAUGAUGUCAAUAUUUUUAUUAAGAAAGCGAAAUUUUGCAUGGUAGUAGAGAAUUAUAACUCAAACAAAUUAAGCUCAUGACUUUUAAAAAAAAAUCCAAGAUGGCCGCCAUUAAAUUCUCAUUACACAGGAAAACCAUUUAGGCAUUUCACAAAGUUCAAAUAGUGUGAAAAAUGACCAGCAUCAUAGAAGACAUGCAAAUUUCAAUCUUAAACAAAUUAAAGAUGGCUUCUCAAUUCCAAAAUGGCCGCCACAGGGUCAUUUAGACAAUACAGACCCCGAAAAAGAAAAUGGCGCUAAAAAUGGUUUGACUGAAAAUAUUUUUCUUGCAUCAAACAUGACCCCCAUUUUUUUCUGAUUUUAUUCAGCAUUGACAAUAUUCGUCAAGAGAAUGUAAGAUACAGACAUUUAAAGUAGGUCCUGAUGUGUGCUGCAGCCAUUGGAAAUAUGACAAUUUUAUAUAGAAUAACGAAGAACAGCUAUUUAGUGUGCUGUAAGAUACAUGGGAACAUUGGUAAAAAUUGAAAUCUGACCAGAUGAGGAUGGGAAAGGUCUACUUUGACUAGAAUUUGAUUAAAGAUGGCAAAUUUAUUUUUGCUUUAAAUGUUGAUAAACACAAAUUGGGAAUAUGUGAAUGUUAUAAAGAAUAAAAAAAGAACAGCUAUAAAGUGUGUCAUAACCUUUAACAAAAACAUUAAUUGAAUACAUUUUACUAAAGUACGAUUCGCAGUAGCAUAAAAAUCUAUAUCAUAACAACACUUCCACAUAGCAUAUGUAAAUAUCAGGAUACGAGUUAUAUGACACAGGAAAAUGCUUACGCCUUUAGUAUCUUGAACAAUGUAAUUGGUCCAAUCGCUAAGGUGACUGUCCUAUGUUAAAACGUAGAGCUGGUGAGACCAUAUACAGUACCUUAUAAAUAUUUUUUUUCUCUGGCUACCUCGCCUAAAUGAUUCAUGACUGUAAUGAUAUCAGGGAUUAGGCGAAUCACUCAAUGUUUCAAACUAACAAUCUUCAACUAAUGAUAAUCAGCUCAAACUCCUAUAAGACUUUUUUUUUGAAGUUCCUGUCAGCCAAUGUCUUUGAAUCGACAACAUACGAGUGUCCUUUCGCAUAGAUGUUCAGCCGGUGUUCUCUUACAUGAAGCUGCAACUCAGUAUGAUUGCCCUAACUCCUGAAUUCUCAGCGCUUAUAUGCUAUAAAAUAUAGCAUUAAAAUGACCCCAAUGCCUUGGCUGUACUUCGCCGAUAACGUUGAACCCCGUUCUCUUACUGACUCAGACGAUUACCAAACCAAACGUCUCUGUCUCAGAUUUCCGAUGAUCAGCCUGUAUUUGCUAUCGUCUAUCCCGUAAAGGUUUCAUUUCUAUGCGCUGGCCUUAACGCUCGAAAUACAAUACUGCAACUCUUCUUUAGUCUCAAACGUCUUUUAUAUAAUUUAUCUGCCCUGACAGUGUAGCUGCAACAGCUCUUUUUUCAAGGUACUGGGAUAAAUUAUAAGUUGCAUCCUUGAUGUGUGGAUACAGAAUGACUUCAUUGUAAUUCGUCUACUUAUCUAUACCCUAGCAGAGGUGUGCUUUGACGGGUGCUAUUUAUGGAACUUGUUUCUGACUGGUCAAAAUUCGAACAUAUUUUACAUUGAAUACACGAGUACUUGAUCUAACAAAUAGUUGGUUCUCUUUUACUAUACGAUUGUAUUUAACAUAAUGUAUGAUGCCGAGAUCCAGCUAUGACUGUUAUUAACCCAAGUCGUUCAUAAGGUUAUAACACACUAAAUAGCUGUUCGUCUUUAUACUACAUAAAUUUAUUUAUUUUGUUGGGUUUAACGUCGCACCGACACAAUUAUAGGUCAUAUGGCGACUUUCCAGCUUUUGAUGGUGGAGGAAGACCCCAGGUGCCCCUCCGUGCAUUAUUUCAUCAAGAGCGGACACCAGGGUAGAACCACCGACCUUCCAUAAGCCAGCUGGAUGGCUUCCUCACAUGAGUGAGUGAGUGAGUUGGGUUUUACGGCGAAUCGACACAAAAUGGUCAUAUAUCGCCGAGUCCUCACAUGAAGAAUUAUACUAUAUAAAAUUGACAUAUUUGCAAUGGCUGCAGCACACAUCAGGACCAAUUUAGAAUGUCUGUAACUUACAUUUUCUUGAAGAAUAUUAUCAGUGCUGAAUAAAAAUCAAAAGAAAAGCGGGGGUUAUGUUUGAUGCAAGAAAAAUAUUUUCAGUCAAACGCACAAAUUGCAUAAAUCAGCUGAAACUGAGACCCCAGAUUGUAGUGGUGGUGUAUGAUAUAAGUUUCCAUGACAAAUUAUAUCAUGUUAUUAUUUCAAUGUGAAAAUGCUACCUACAUGUCAAGCAUGUCAUUUCAGAAAAAUAAUUGCAAAAUAUAAGGAAAAUAGUUCUACAGAGCAAAGAAAAAGGAAGAAAAAAGGCUGAGGACUAUUUGAAUCUACCAUAUUGUUUGUGCCAUUUUCCUAUUUAAUGAAAAAGAAAAUUAACUGAAAACACCUUUUAAUGUAAUUCUGCCUCAAAACCAUGAUUGUCAUAUGGGAAAUAAUCUUACUAAGAAAGAAAAGUACCCAUACUCAUAUAUUUUGUUAAUAAAUAAGAAAUUUAUCGCUGCUUUACGACAAUUUCUACUGCCGAAUGACUCGGCAAUUUUGUCUGUAUAUUUCACUGUUGCCCCGUAUUGAAUCUGCUGACAGUAUGUUUUCCAUCUUAGGUAAACUGCAUACUGUUACUAACAAUAACCAGCUUAUUAUAUGUAAAAGCAAUGAUAUGAGACAAUUUGACAUAAAAUCGACGACAAUUCUGGUUUAAAUGUCGUUUUUAUGGCGGCCAUAUUGGAUUUAGGACGCCAUUUUGUUUUCUUCUAAAUUUCUAAUUAGUUUACAUUUUGCACAAUGUAGUAAUCUAAUGUAGUGCCAAAGUUGGACCUCGUUAGAUGCAUAAAUCUGUUGUUAUGAGCCGAUUCCAGAAAUCUGCAGUUUCAUUAAUAUUUUAAACAUUUUAACCCCAGAAAUAGACAUUUUGCAUCAUGAUACUUUUCUAUACUUUUUAUAUGUUGUUGCAUACAUCUUGUAUAAUACUUACACAAAAAAAUCAAUUCUUUGCGAGUUUUUUCCUUUUUUUGGCAUUUUGGCCAUAAAUGGCCUUUCCUAAGAGGCUUGCGUGUGAAUUUUCUGCUACAGGGUGUGGCAGUGUAAUUUUGAUAUUACACAAACAAUAAUAAUUUCAUCAUUUAAUGCCAUGUGUAAUAAUAGAUCGUCUUUUAAUUUAUCUAAUAUUAUGCAUGACCAGUCAUUAAAUUAUUAUAUUUAAAUACAAAUAAUUUUAUGUAUAAAAUUUUAUUUCGGUAAGAAAUGAUAGUAUUUGGCAAUUCAUUUUAUUUAAAAAAGACGAUUAUAGUCGUGACAAUAGGAGAAGGUACCUACAGAAAUAUUCACUGAUUCUGUAAAAUUUUGGAUCUCGAUUUUUUUAGAAUUACUUGAAUUUUAUGUUUUAUUGUAUUUAAAAAGUUUCAUAUUAAUCCAGUAGAAAAGAAGUCUUUGUCUAAAAUUCGGUGAGAUGUACAACGAAACAAAGUCGAUCAAACUGACAUUUGAGGGAGGUUGCUAUUUUGGUAGAUAGAUUUUAUGUUUCGUUGUGUACUCUUACGUGCAGUAAAUAUUGAUACAGAGCAUUAUCCAUCUGUAUAACACUUUCGAGCUUUAAUCGAUUCGCACUUAAUGUUUAAAACUUCUAGAUUUGCACGAAUGUAUACGUCUUUGUAAAUAACUUUGAAUGUUCAUAAUGUUGACACCUCAGACACUUAUUGAAAUACUCCAAGUACGAGUAUUCGCACAGGUAUGAAAUCGCAACCUCAUAUGCCUUUUACUUCAAGAAAAAUAGACCGUCAUAAUCCGUUUGUUCUAAAGAUUUGUAUCUUGUAUAGUAAUUGAAACUUGUAACGCCCGUCGAUAUUUUUGCAAUGUCUUUUAUACUACAAGUAGUAUAUUUAUGAAAUUGCGUAUGUUAGAAGUUUCGUUAAGUGUAUAUUUCCGUACUUGUCCUGAAGUGCUGACAUUGAAACCAUUGCUUCAUGUGGCAAUUAUCUUUAGCUUUCUUGCUUACGUUAAAUAUUGUUCACCACUAACGUAUGACUCGUAUUAAAAAUAUUAAUAAACCUACUUUAUCAGUUUAUAUAAUUCAUAUUUACAGUGUUUAUUAAAUUUAAUCACUUGACUGGAUAUGAAAUGAUACUACAUGUAUAACAAAAGAGUCACGAUGGCAAAGUCGCUUACCUUAAUUUGAUAUUUGAAUCAUUUAUAUUAUCAUCCAUCGAUCAAGAAUUAAAAAUAGAAUCAACAUUUUAGCU